GCUCCGGGCUCGGCCCCUGCCUGUGAGCGCUCUCGGCUGCCGCAGCUGCCUCUGUUCCGAGGGAGCCACUGGGACACGGCGGUGCUGGCCGGCAGGGCGUCGGUCCCCGCGAGAGCUCAACCAAAGAAAAAAAAGAAAGUGGAUCCAAAGAGAGAGCAAGCGCAGAAGGAUCGUGUGAAAAAGAAGAUUAAAAAGCUGGAAAAAGCUGCUCCAGAGCUGAUUCCUAUUGAGGAUUUUGAAACCCCACUGAAGUAUUCAGAUAGCAACAGGGUGCGAAGCCUUCCCCCUCUCUCAUUUGAGGAGACCGAAAGAAGAGUUUUACUUAUGAAAAAGUGGUCUGUGUAUAAGCAGAAACAAGACAAGGCAGAGAAGGAAGCAAUUCGGAGCCUUGUAGAAGCUCAACAAGAGGCACUAAGAGAACUGCGCCUGGAAUCUGAGGAGCUCUACCAGGCAGCAGUCAGACGAGAUGAGGAGCUUUUCCCCUUUGAGAGAGAUGGACCUGAUUAUACCCCACCACUUCCUGGUUAUGAUCCUCCUGAAGGAAAGUGCAUUGAUAUCACCAAAGUGUACACGCAGUGACGGAGUUCACUGUUCAUCUGGCAUCAGCUACUCGGCCACUGAAGAACGGGAUGAGUUACCAGUUCCUUUUGCAUGUUAAAACACAGUAGGUGUGUGACUAAGAACGAAUGAAUAGAAAAUCCACUAAGUGUAUGAUUUGAUUUUUUUGAACGGGCCAGCUGUGUAAUAAAACAUCCAGCAGAGCUGCACCUCAUCGCUCCA